AUGUCUUCCAUUGUCACCAGUAUAUUAAGUUCCACUAUUGGAUUAUUGUGGAAUAAAGCCAGAGAUGCGACUGCUAAAGGUCUGCAGGACGGUGAUAUUACAGAUGCAAAAAUUCGUGAAAUAGUCGUGAGAGAACUCAACGAUAUUAAGACCAAAAUUGACGGUCUCUCACGCAAAGAUCUACUCAGCAGCUACAGUUUUCUACAAGAAGGAGUACAGCUACUGAAUGCUUCUCUCGAUAAAUCGAAGGACGAGCAGAAUGCUGUGCAAAGCGAUCACGGUGAAACGUCUAGCGGACCGAGCGGUGAUGAGUCAGCUGAUAUCUUGAACAAAGCGUUAGAACUUUCUUGCAUCAUGGGAAAACUAAAGAUCGUGUCAAACGAGUUUGAAACCGCAAAAGAACGAUUCAAAGAUGCCCGCAAGAGAGCAACCGAUGCUUUUUGCAACGAAGCAUUGAAUAUUCAAGACCGAAUCUUCGCAACGAAACUCCGUGUCGUUUCGAAUAUACUGGAAUGUCUCGACAAUCCUGACACAGCAGUUACUUCGUGCCUUUUGUUUUUAGAAGAACUUCAUGGUUUACCCGCUGUUCGUAAGAUAUUCUCGGUGCAUCUUGGUCGUGGAGUUAAGUCCAUCUUAAAUAAGGCAGAGCGAGUUAAGAAUGUCAAAUCCGUCAUGAUGAUUAACUAUGUCACAUAUCAAUUUGUUUCUAAAUACAGCAGCAAGUAUUGUUCAGCGCUUGCCUGGCCAACAAUUCAACCCUCUGAUGGCAGUUUUAACCCAAUAUGCAGUUGGCAGGAAGUUUCGACAAGAACGUCUUGGGGGGAAGACUUAAUCCAACCUCCCAACGAAUUGAGACUUGAUGAAUUUAUAUGUCGGUAUAAUUCUGCUGUAAACAGCCGGGGUGAGAUACUAGUAGGUUUUAGUAAUUACAUUAGCGUCAUUUUCAGGACAGGCAACAGUAAAGGGGUUUUUGAAUACUAUGCGAACACAGAUAAAGAGAAUAUGAUCAGACCACAAAUUGUAGGUCUUGCUGUUGAUCAAGAAAAUAAUGUGUAUGUUGCACUAUAUUUUGAAACAACUUCAGAAAAUGUGGAUAAUCAUGCAGUAUUAUUAUAUAUAAUGGAUGAGCAUUGCAAUCAGGUAAAACACGAAAGCGAAUUGAAUUUUCUUCCAAAACUCGAUGAGACAUCUACGCCAAGCUUAGUGGCAUUACCAUUAGCUAUAAACAAAAACAAUAACAUUGUAAUGGCACCAAAUCAGUCAAAAGACCUUAAUGUGUACGUCUGUGAUAAGACUGGGCAGUUAAAAUACAAGUUUGCACGGGAAUAUCCUUAUCAUCUGCUAUGCUGCACGAGUGUUUCAAACAAUGAAAUCAUGUUGGCAUCAUUUCAUGGCGACGCUGUUGAAGUAUACACAGAGGAAGGAAACCUGAAGUUGAAAAUAAAACUACCAGCAGGUCACAAGGUUUGUGGGGCGGCAUUUCACUUUGUCAUUUGUAAAAUAAUUGUCUUAAGCUAUUAUAGCGAGAAGGAAGGUUCCUGUUUUCUCCACCGUUAUUCUGAAACUGGCGAACUGGAGACCUCGAUGUUUUUUUGUAACACACCCAACAUAAAACGCUCCCCUGAUAUAACAUCUCAUCCGCGUAGUCCAGUUGCUAUUGUUGGAAUGAGAACCAUUACCUACAUAUAA